UAUGAAAAAUACAUCAGCUAGUAAACAAGCAAACAAAACUAAUGUACUUAGAAAGUCUGCUGAAAACUUACCUCCAUUUGCACCUUCAACUGAAAAAGAUAAGGAAACUUCUAAAUUAGCUCAUCUUGAAAGUAAAAUUAUAGAAUAUUAGUAGUUAACUUAAAUAGAGUAUGUUUAUAACAAGAUGCUUUGAUGCCAUUAUUAUAAAUGAUUGAAUAUAUUCCAGCCAUCUAAAGAACUGACAGUGUAGUUAAAGGUUUAAUGAGAAAGAUUGAAGAAAAUGAAUAAAAGAUUCUGAAAUCAGAAAAACUACUUGAAUCUAAAAUUAAAAAUCCAGAUGGAAAUCAAGAUAAGGACUCCAAAAAAUAAUAAAAGUAACUUUAAGAACUUUAAGGCAAAGUCAAAGAUAUGGAAUAAUAAAUGAAUAAUUUAUAGAGGUAUUAUAAUUAUAUUUAAUAUUUAUUAGAUGGUAUGAAGCCAAAUUAAAAGAAGAAAAUCAAGCAUUACAAAGAAAUCUUGAACAUAAAAUUGAGAAAUCUAAAACUGAAACUUAAAAAUCUGUUGGAUCAGAAAAAAGAGUCAAUACUGAAUAAUCCAAAACUCAUAGUAAAUAAGUAUCAUAAGUUUAACCUCAAUAACCAUAAGAAUCUUAAUAAUAAUAUUAAUAUAAUGUAUUAUAAGCUGUAGAAUAAAUGGUUACAGUAUCUUUGAAUCAAGUUAGAAAUUAAAUAUAAUAAGAAAUAGAUGAGUUAAGAGAGCAAGUUUUAGCUUCAAAAUAAUGA